ACUCUAAUAUUUAUUUUUUUCCUGCUGUUUUGUAUAAGAUUAUAUGAAAAUCCAUAAAAUUGACCUUGACUUCAUUACUCAUUACAUUAAAUUUUAAUACAUAAAAUAUUUGAAAAGUCUUCUAAAAAGCAAUCGACCUUGCAUUGCAGGUUGCAGCAUGUAGCAGACUGUUUUGCUGGAUCAGUCACCAGUGACGUUUACUUGUGCCGUCAAAGCAAACCGAAUCUAUUCAUGAUAAAUGAUCUGAUCAAGACGUAGUAAUUUAAACGAAUUACAUUUUACGUUAAAAUAUUUUUCGACCAUGGCUUCAUCUAAUAGAAGAAGCAAUCUUAAAGUUGCUGAGGGAGCAAUUGUUUGUGAUGAAGCAGUUCUUAAAGGAGAUAUAACAAUUGGUCGCCUUACUGUGAUACAUCCUCGAGCAAAUAUUAUUGCUGAAGCUGGACCUAUAAUUAUUGGAGAUGGAAAUAUAAUUGAAGAAAUGUGUACUAUUAUUAACAGAGGCUCAGGUGAUCUUACUACUACUCCUGUACAAAUUAUUGGAAAUUAUAAUAUUUUUGAAGUUGAUUCUACAUGCGAAGCUUCAAAAGUUGGGGAUAAUAACAUUCUUGAAUGCAAAUCAUUUGUUGGUAAAGAAGUAGAACUAUCAAAUGGAUGUGUUGUAGGAGUAGGAUGUUCUAUGACAGAACAUGAAGUAGUACCAGAAAAUACCAUAGUUUACAGUGAUCAACAUCUGAGAAGAGAAAUGAGAGAUAGACCAAAUCCUCAGAUGGGUCAAUUAGAUUACCUAGUGAAAAUACUACCAAAUUAUCAUCAUAUUGUUAAGCCAAAUAUGAAAUCAACGUAAUACAAUUAUAAUUUUAAUAAGCCGUUGUAUUAUUUUUAAAGUUAUAGA